AUGUUGAGACUAACAGGGGUGAGUACUAAGCAAUUUCUGAGCUCGAGAAGGUCUUUUGGUGCUGUGCUGUUACGGUCGCUAUCGACCCAUAGAGCUGCGGAACCGUUGGUAUUGAAAGAUAAGUCGAAACCAUUGCGUAUUGAACGGGAGUUGCCUGAUCCCACAAAAGACAAAUUCAAGAACAGACUUCAGCUUGGUAUUUUUGUCGUGGCGAUCGGGGUCUCGCUUGCUUGCAUAUUCAACUACGAGAAGACGCAGUCACCUAUCGUUUCGAACUCUUUGUACCAUAUGCGCAGAUCGCAGGCUAUUAGGGAGUUACUUGGUGACAGUAUCGACUUCGAUGGACUAGUACCUUGGGUAUAUGGUGAGUUGAAUCAAGUCGCAGGAAAGGUUGACAUAUCUUUCUACAUUCGUGGUUCAAAAAACGUCCAGGGAAUAGUAAAAUUGGUUGCAGAUAGAGAGAACAAACAUCAAGAGUUUUUGAUUCAUGACUGGAGUGUGUCGGUGGGCGGACAGAAGAUCGACAUACUGGCCGAGGAAGGUACCAGGACUUUGUAA